CUCACCAACCGAAUGCUCCAGAGACAUAUUUUCCUGCAUUUCUCGCGAUUCUUUGGAGUGCGCUUGCUGCUCGGAUAGUUCAUUUGAAACCCUACCGCUCUCUUUGAUCCUUGUUAGCGGCGAUUCCGGCGAGCGGAGAUGUCGCUUCGCGUUCUCAACCCUAAUGCCGAGGUCCUCAACAAGUCGGCGGCGCUUCAUAUGAAUAUCAACGCCGCCAAGGGUUUGCAGGAUGUGCUCAAGACUAAUCUUGGUCCCAAGGGCACCAUCAAGAUGCUUGUCGGAGGGGCGGGGGAUAUCAAGCUGACCAAGGAUGGGAAUACCCUUUUGAAAGAAAUGCAAAUUCAGAACCCGACGGCGAUCAUGAUCGCGAGAACAGCCGUUGCUCAGGAUGAUACAAGUGGGGACGGUACCACUUCCACUGUGCUCUUCAUUGGCGAACUUAUGAAGCAGUCGGAGCGAUACAUUGAUGAAGGGAUGCAUCCAAGAGUAUUAGUUGAUGGGUUUGAGAUUGCUAAAAGAGCAACUAUUGAGUUUUUAGAGAAAUUCAAAACACCUGUUGUCAUGGGUGAGACGCCAGAUAAAGAGAUACUGAAAAUGGUUGCAAGAACAACUCUUAGGACAAAGUUAUAUGAAGCAUUGGCAGAUCAAUUAACUGACAUUGUUGUUAAUGCGGUGCUCUGCAUCCGUAAACCUGAUGAGCCAAUUGACCUUUUUAUGGUGGAGAUAAUGCAUAUGCGCCACAAAUUUGAUGUUGAUACUCGUUUGGUAGAGGGUCUUGUCCUUGAUCAUGGAUCUAGACAUCCUGAUAUGAAGCGGAGGGCAGAAAAUUGUUAUAUCUUGACAUGCAACGUGUCAUUGGAGUAUGAGAAAAGCGAAGUAAAUGCAGGUUUUUUCUACUCGAAUGCUGAGCAGAGAGAAAAGAUGGUUGCUGCUGAAAGACGUCAAGUUGAUGAGAGAGUAAAAAAAAUCAUUGAAUUAAAGCAAAAGGUUUGCUCUGGCAAUGAAAGUAAUUUUGUUGUGAUCAAUCAGAAGGGCAUUGAUCCUCCAUCUUUGGAUCUUCUGGCUAGAGCAGGGAUUAUUGCUCUUCGAAGAGCGAAGAGGAGAAAUAUGGAAAGACUAAUAUUGGCUUGUGGCGGUGAAGCUGUUAAUUCAGUUGAUAGCUUAACCCCAGAUUGUCUUGGUUGGGCUGGGCUUGUUUAUGAGCAUGUCCUUGGGGAGGAGAAGUACACUUUUGUUGAGAACGUGAAAAAUCCUCACUCUUGUACAAUUUUGAUUAAAGGACCUAAUGAUCACACAAUUGCACAAAUCAAGGAUGCUGUACGUGAUGGUCUCAGAUCUGUUAAGAAUACGCUUGAGGAUGAGGCUGUUAUACUGGGGGCUGGGGCUUUUGAGGUUGCAGCCAGACAGCAUUUGAUCAAUAAUGUCAAGAAGACUGUUCAAGGGCGGGCUCAACUUGGAGUUGAAGCAUUUGCGGACGCUCUAAUGGUUGUACCGAAGACAUUAGCGGAGAAUUCUGGCCUGGACACUCAGGAUGUCAUCAUUUCUUUAAAGAAUGAACAUGAUAGAGGAAACGUUGUGGGUUUGAACCAUCACACUGGAGAACCAAUUGAUCCCCAGAUGGAAGGCAUCUUCGACAAUUACUCUGUUAAACGCCAAAUUAUCAACUCCGGGCCUGUCAUAGCUUCCCAGUUGCUGUUGGUGGAUGAGGUAAUUCGUGCCGGUCGAAACAUGAGGAAGCCAACUUAAUUUCAAUUUUUGCUCCAUUGCCUUUUUUGGUUUUUUUCCUCUUUGCUUUAGGCAUGACGCCUCUUAGUUUUUGAGGUGGCUAUGUGAAUCUACUGCAGCUAAUAGUUUUGUUCUGCUCUGAUGUGGUAAGGUGUGUGUGUGAUUUUGUAGGUGGAUCUAAACUUAAUUUGUUUGAUUUCUGAGUGAAAUACUGAUCAAAUUUUGUUCUGAUAAUGCACUUUUUGGUCA